CGGGGCGGCGCGGAGCAGGCAGCCCAGCGCGCUCGCCCACCGCCCGCUCGGCGCAGCUCCCCGCGGCCGCUCCUGUCGCCGCCGCCGGCGCGUCGGAGGGAGCCCAGCAUGGCCGGGCCGGGCUCGCAGCGGCGCGCGUCCCGGGGGGCCUCGGCGCUCCUCGCCGCCGCGCUUCUCUACGCAGCGCUGGGGGCCGUGGUGCGCUCGGAGCAGCAGAUCCCGCUCUCCGUGGUGAAGCUCUGGGCCUCGGCUUUUGGUGGGGAGAUAAAAUCCAUUGCUGCUAAGUACUCUGGUUCCCAGCUUCUGCAAAAGAAAUACAAAGAGUAUGAGAAAGACGUAGCCAUAGAAGAAAUCGAUGGCCUCCAACUGGUGAAAAAGCUGGCAAAGAACAUGGAAGAGAUGUUUCACAAAAAGUCUGAAGCAGUGCGGCGUCUUGUGGAGGCUGCAGAAGAGGCACAUCUGAAACAUGAAUUUGAUGCAGACUUGCAGUAUGAAUACUUCAAUGCUGUGCUGAUAAACGAAAGGGACAAAGAUGGGAAUUUUUUGGAGCUGGGGAAGGAAUUCAUCUUAGCCCCAAAUGACCAUUUUAAUAAUUUGCCUGUGAACAUCAGUCUGAGUGACGUCCAAGUGCCAACGAACAUGUACAACAAAGACCCAGCAAUCGUCAAUGGGGUUUAUUGGUCCGAAUCCCUAAACAAAGUUUUCGUAGAUAACUUUGAUCGUGACCCGUCUCUCAUAUGGCAGUACUUUGGAAGUGCAAAGGGCUUUUUUAGGCAGUAUCCAGGGAUUAAAUGGGAACCAGAUGAGAAUGGAGUCAUUGCCUUUGACUGCAGGAACCGAAAAUGGUACAUCCAGGCAGCGACUUCUCCGAAAGACGUGGUCAUUUUAGUGGACGUCAGUGGCAGCAUGAAAGGGCUCCGUCUGACUAUUGCAAAGCAAACUGUCUCAUCUAUUCUGGAUACGCUGGGGGAUGAUGACUUUUUCAACAUAAUUGCUUAUAAUGAGGAGCUUCACUAUGUGGAACCUUGCCUGAACGGGACAUUGGUGCAAGCUGACAGGACAAACAAGGAGCACUUCAGGGAGCAUCUGGACAAGCUGUUUGCCAAAGGAAUUGGAAUGCUGGAUAUAGCUCUGAAUGAGGCCUUCAACAUUCUCAGUGAUUUCAACCAUACUGGGCAAGGCAGUGUCUGCAGCCAGGCCAUCAUGCUCAUCACCGACGGGGCAGUGGACACCUAUGACACUAUCUUUGCGAAGUACAACUGGCCAGAUCGGAAGGUCCGCAUCUUCACCUACCUCAUUGGACGGGAGGCUGCUUUUGCAGACAAUCUCAAGUGGAUGGCUUGUGCCAACAAAGGAUUUUUCACCCAGAUCUCCACCUUGGCUGAUGUGCAGGAAAAUGUCAUGGAAUACCUGCAUGUACUCAGCCGGCCCAAAGUCAUCGAUCAGGAGCACGACGUGGUAUGGACUGAAGCUUACAUCGACAGCACUCUUGCCGAUGAUCAGGGCCUCGUCCUGAUGACCACGGUCGCCAUGCCUGUGUUUAGUAAGCAGAAUGAAACCAGAUCAAAGGGCAUUCUUCUGGGUGUGGUUGGCACAGAUGUCCCAGUGAAAGAGCUUCUGAAGACCAUCCCCAAAUACAAGUUAGGGAUUCACGGUUAUGCCUUUGCGAUCACAAAUAAUGGAUAUAUCCUGACGCAUCCAGAACUCAGACCACUGUACGAGGAAGGAAAAAAGCGAAGGAAACCUAACUACAGUAGCGUUGACCUCUCGGAGGUAGAGUGGGAAGACCGGGAUGAUGUGUUAAGAAACGCCAUGGUGAACCGAAAGACUGGGAAGUUCUCUAUGGAGGUGAAGAAGACAGUGGACAAAGGGAAACGGGUUUUGGUGAUGACAAAUGACUACUAUUAUACAGACAUCAAGGGUACCCCUUUCAGCUUAGGUGUGGCGCUCUCCAGAGGCCAUGGGAAAUAUUUCUUCCGAGGGAAUGUAACCAUUGAAGAAGGCCUGCAUGACUUAGAGCACCCUGACGUAUCCCUGGCAGAUGAAUGGUCCUACUGCAACACUGACCUACACCCAGAGCACCGUCAUCUAUCUCAGCUAGAAGCCAUCAAGCUCUACCUCAAAGGCAAAGAACCUCUGCUCCAAUGUGAUAAAGAAUUGAUACAAGAAGUCCUUUUUGAUGCCGUGGUGAGCGCUCCCAUUGAAGCAUAUUGGACCAGUCUUGCCCUCAACAAAUCUGAGAACUCUGACAAGGGCGUGGAGGUUGCCUUCCUCGGCACUCGUACGGGCCUCUCGAGGAUCAACUUGUUUGUUGGGGCUGAGCAGCUCACCAAUCAGGAUUUCCUGAAAGCUGGAGACAAGGAGAACAUUUUUAACGCAGACCAUUUCCCUCUCUGGUACCGAAGAGCUGCGGAGCAGAUUCCAGGGAGCUUCGUCUACUCCAUCCCAUUCAGCACAGGAAUAGUCAACAAAAGCAAUGUGGUGACAGCGAGUACCUCCAUCCAGCUCCUCGAUGAACGGAAAUCUCCUGUGGUAGCAGCUGUAGGCAUUCAGAUGAAACUUGAAUUUUUCCAGAGGAAGUUCUGGACUGCCAGCAGACAGUGUGCCUCUCUGGAUGGCAAAUGCUCCAUCAGCUGUGAUGACGAGACUGUGAACUGUUACCUCAUAGACAAUAAUGGGUUUAUUCUGGUGUCUGAAGACUACACCCAGACUGGAGACUUUUUUGGCGAGGUCGAAGGGGCCGUGAUGAACAAACUGUUAACAAUGGGCUCCUUUAAAAGAAUUACCCUGUAUGACUAUCAAGCCAUGUGCAGGGCCAACAAGGACAGCAGUGACAGUGCCAGCGGGCUACUGGAUCCUUAUCAUGCCUUCCUUGCUGCAGUAAAAUGGAUAAUGACAGAACUUGUCUUGUUUCUGGUGGAAUUUAACCUCUGCAGCUGGUGGCACUCAGAUAUGACAGCCACAGCCCAGAAAUUGAAGCAGACCCUGGAACCUUGUGAUACAGAGUAUCCAGCGUUUGUCUCUGAGCGCACCAUCAAGGAAACCUCAGGGAACAUUGCUUGUGAAGACUGCUCUAAGUCCUUUGUCAUCCAGCAAAUCCCAAGCAGCAAUCUGUUCAUGGUGGUGGUGGACAGCAGCUGCCUGUGUGAGUCCGUGACCCCCAUCACCAUGGCCCCCAUUGAAAUCAGGUAUAACGAAUCCCUUAAGUGUGAACGUUUAAAGGCCCAGAAGAUCAGAAGGCGUCCCGAGUCUUGUCAUGGCUUCCAUCCUGAGGAGAAUGCAAGGGAGUGUGGGGGUGCACCGAGCCUGCAGGCCAAGAUGGUCCUUGUCGUCUUCCCUCUGCUCUUGAUGCUCUUUUCAAGGUGACACUGAGAUGUUCUCUUGGCAUGCUAAAUUAUGGAUAAACUGUGAACCAAAAUAUGGUGCGACAUAGGAGACAUGAAAUAUAGUCCAACCAUCAGCAUCUCAUGAUUUUAAACUGUGCGUGAUAUAAACUCUUAAAGAUCUGUUGACAAAAAAAAAAAAAAGUUAUCUUUUUACUUUGCCAGUCAUGCAAAUGUGAGUUUGCUACAUGAUAAUCACCCUUCAUCAGAAACGGGGCUGCAAGUGGGCAGUGUCCCUUCUGCUUGAAACCCAUUGAAACCAAU